AUGAAUGACACAAUUCCAGUAACGAUUUGGUCCAAUUCCUCAACUUUAUGAGCUUGCGGUCUUGAUCUUCGUCAUUUUCUGAAAUGUCAAGAGGAGUGACAAGGCGAGAGACCAACAAACGUAAAACUUUGUUUCGAGAUGAGGCCAUGGAAGCCGCCGCUGCUCUAGAUAGCGAUGAUAUUUCGUUCGAAGAAGCUUGGAUAAUACAUAAACUGGAUUGUCUUGGCUGUCGACUGCACGACGUUCACAAUCCAAAGUCCACCAAUUGCCGCGACAAUCCUUAUUGUAUCAAGCGCCUUGGUCUGGAAAAGUUUGAGAAACUCAUAAAGCAGGAGAAGCUGAACACAGCAAAGGUUGAAGAGAGCCAGAAAAGGCGAGACAUAUUGGAAGUUCCAUGUGGUUUGACUAAUUCUGGCAAUUUUUGCUAUGUGAAUAGCUUUCUGCAGGUUUGGUACAAUGAUCCUGUGUUUCGACAGAUCAUCUUUGAUUGGCGCCCAUCUGAGGACUACGUUAGACCACAGCCUCCAGCAAUGGAUGUGGAAGCAGUGAUGAAUAGUCUUCAGCAUCUUUUCUACACUAUGCAAACAACGCCUUUCGAAGACACCGACGAUAACCGCCAUUUCACUGCUGCCCUGCGUCUUGGAAAUGAACAGCAAGACGCACAAGAAUUUUCUCUCGUGCUUUUUGAUGCUUUGGACAGAAAUCUAUCAAAACACCCACACGGUGCAGAAGUUCGCGAGAGAAUACGGGAACGAUAUUCGGGGACGUCGAUUCAGAGGAUAUGGUGCACCUGUGGCAAGGAAAGUCGUAGAAGCUCCCCUUUUACAGCCCUUCAGCUGAAUAUUGACGGGUACAAAACUUUGCAAGAAGCUCUAGAUGCAUACUGUGGAGAGGAAGUGCUUGAAGACUACCUCUGUGACGAAUGCAAUCGACGUGGACAUGUUAAGAGACAGACAUUGCCUGAAAAACUUCCACCGGUGGUGAUGUUGCAGCUCAAUCGAUAUGUCUUCGACAGUAAUGGAAGAAAUCGGAAGUUGAAAACACCUAUUGUUUAUCCAAGGGAGUUGACUGCGCGAUCUUUUCACUUAGGAGUAUCGAAAUAUGAUGAUUUUGAUUACGAGCUUUUUGCUGUGAUGAUUCAUGAAGGGGAUAACACAUUUUGUGGACAUUAUUAUGAUCUCGUGCGACAUCCUUUCACUGGAGUAUGGUAUAAAUACAACGAUGAGCACGUGGAGCCUUUAGCACGACCUCCAGGUGUAGAACGAUCUCGAUCUGCACCGGGAGCUCGUCCCACUCCAGACAUGAAGGCCUGUUAUGGACUAGCGUACCGGGUAAAAGAGUCCAUAGUACCAGAAAUAAUUAUGCCUCCGGACAGCAUCACAGCAAAAUGGGCAGCCAUGACGGAGAGCCGUUUUGAUGGCCAGACUAAGGAGACAAUUGCAAAAAGCGAAAAACGCUUGAAUGAGCUUACUCUACGGUAUAACCAACUUGCUACUCUUUUCGAUGCCUUAGAGACCCAUGCGGACAGAUACAAAGCUCCGAAAGAUGUUGCCUUCCUUCCAACAAAGCUGUUGAGCGAUGUAUUAGAAAAGGAGUAUGCUGCAGUGCUUCCUAUCGAGGAUGAUAAAUCCUCCACAAAUCAAACCGCGGAAGCUGUAUCCGAUACACAGCCAGAUCUUUCGUCUGCAAAACGGCCUAUUCGUGUCUCGCGGCUACGAAGUGUGCGUCACACCAUAGCUCGUCAAUUAUCACCUCAAGAGAUGCCAAUUUGUCAUCAUGGACGACUUUUUGUAGAUUCGGUUCUUUUUGGAGAUGUGAAGGGGGUUUCUAGAGGAACGGCUGAGACUCUGCUUGCGCAGUACGGUAUCACGACGAAGAUCAGAUCCGAUAGUGACAAUUCAGAGGAGGCCCAUCCAAUAUUGACUGGAACUGAUAUCUGUGUGGAUUGUGUGAAGGAGUUGCGGCGGGAAGGACAGUUUAGGGAGAGCUUAGAGGGAGAUGUCAAGUUGGCAACGCGGAUAUUCAAAGAUAAAACUAGAAAGCCAUUUGCUUACUGCCAGCUCUUGGACAGGUGUUCUUUGUCCCGAACGCCAAAACCACCAGGACACUUGUACAUAUCGCGGAAAUGCCUUGCCAACUUCAAGAAACUGGCUUUGCGUCAAAUGGAACAUCAACAUAAACUGCAGUCGGCGGGUGCCAGCUUACAUUUCAUCGUAAACCUAGCUAUGGUUGACUCCGUCACGAAGUACUCGGGGAAUGCAAGCUCUCCGCGGCGAAGCAGAGGGGCGCGACGGAAACGUCUAGUAAAGUAUGGAGAUGACUCGCCCGCUUUUAGCGAUGAAAGUCACACACCCUCGAAAGUCUUAAAAGAUGAUUCCACUCAAAGCACAAACGAAAUUCUUCACCGUAUGGAUAUUAAAGAAGACAUCAUCUCUGAGGAAGAAACUUUGGUUUUGAAGGAAGAAAGUGAUUUGGAGUACGUUUCGGAUGAAAAGAAAAUCAAACUAGAAGUAGCAACUCGGGAUAUGUCUAUUGCUGAAGAAAAUGGUUUCACGGCGAUGUCUACAAAAGACACGGCAGAGGAGGGAAAUUCUGUUUCUGAGAUGAAUGUGGUGGAGAUCGACGAUGCAAACUCGUCGUCAGUCAGUUCAGAAAGGUCUGAAACUCCGGCUAUGGAGUUGGACUCUCUCGAGACAGAGUUUGUGAACAACCACGAUAGUAUGGAGUCUGCUGCUGCUGAUCGCGUUGAACCACAUGCUGGACGGCGAUUGAAGAACGGAUUUGUGAAUUCAGAAGUGCAAAACAAACUAAUAUACGCAAGCGAAGGGAAAAGUGACUCAAGUUCGCCACCGGAGGUCCCAUUAUCUUCGUCAGCUGAGCAUCCUUCCUCUUCUUCACCACCUGAAAGACCAUCUUCAUCCGCCAGCCGAUCGAGCACACACGAAUCUGGCGCAGUCGAGUUCAACUCUGAACUUCGUUGCGAGCACGGUGGCAUCAAUCUCGACGAGUUCCGCCAGGCAGUCAGUCCUGCUGAAUGGAAACAACUUUCUUCCUAUUUCGAUCCAGCUACUACAUUUGAAGUACGAUGCGAUGAGCCUAUAUGCCAGGAAUGUGAGAGAGAGUUCCAUGAACAACAGUGUGGAAAACAGGAGUUGAAGGAAUCUCUGAGAGAUCUUCGAAAUCGCAUCGGUGAGCUACUCCGAGAGAUCGAUCGACGACGUCCAACUGAGGAAGAAUAUGGCACUAUCUACUCACGGGGUAUCUGUAGCCAGUUUUUGAGCAAGCUGACAGCAACAAUCAAAGCUCGCAGUUUAUCAAUCAUGUUGCCGACGAUAUGCCAGGAAUGUGUUAUGUGUACUCACGGUUUACCGAAUGUUGGGCUUUCUUGCGAUCUUGGCAGUGUCCAUCUUGUAGCACUGACGGAGAAGGAGUGGAAUCGCAUAUGCGAGGAAAUUGCCAAUGGUUUGGGAUUGGAUGGAUCUGCUCGACCGAAUCCAAUUGUUAUUUCGGAGAGAGGUCGAAUAGAGAACAUGUGCGAAGGGUGUUUUGGUGAGCGUCUUGAAGCUUUGAACGUCCAGAGAUAUGUUUACGAUGAUGCUUUCAUUUACGUAGCGUUGAGCGAAGAUGGUGGUGUGAACUCCAGUGUACCUAAAACUACGAGGAGAACACAGAAAAAUAAAUGUUUCAAAGUCAAGAUGUCCUCGACGGAUACGAUAAAAGAUCUGAAAAUACAGCUUUACAAGCAGACGGGACAAACUCCAAAUGAUCAGUUACUGUAUCGCGAACUAGGAGGAUCACUGUUAGAUAGUGAUUCGACACUUUUUGAUGCACGAAUAGAAAAAAAUAAUUCCGAACAGCCUUUGAUACUCAUCGCGCAAUCCAUCUCAAAUGUUCCUGUAAAAUAUGAUGAACAACAGGUGCGAGCGCCGGAAAGAGGCUUUAUCGACACUGCACUUGCGCACUAAGUUACUCAUCGUUUACGGAAUUAUAUAUUCAAGGGAAAUUAUUGCUCAAAAUCUUCCCUGCUUGAUGAUUUACUGAGUAGUCGUCUAGUAGAUACUCUACCGGUUUCGAGUUAAACUCUAAGUGAAAUUGACGAGUGUUCCAAAUGAAGACACAUUGGGAUUUGAGCUGUUGCGCAAGUGGGGCUUCUCCUGCCACACCCUCUACUAUCUAUGCGUUCUUUAGGUGAUUCAAUCGGUUUUUAUGCUCAGGUAUCGGUCACUCUUUUGCUAUUUCUGCUUGGAUCUCACUAUCUUGUCGCUUAUUCCGGUAACGCUUCUGAAAAGCUCAUUCCACUUAUAAAUGCAGUCAUCGUUGUUUACUCUGCUUUCCGUUUCAUUUUUUGCCUAACGAAGACGUCUUUUGACAGGCAAGUUUAUCGCUAGUUGAUGUAGCAUUAGUCUUAGCUCUACUUGAUCUCGUUAUUUUUUUAUCUGUUGAAUACUUGUCUUGUAAAUUUCAUAUCUCACCUGUGGUAUUGAACUUUACUACUUUGAAAAAUGAUUUUAUACUCUUCUUGUGUUUCUAGAGGCUUUAACGAGGGUUUGAUUAUGAUCACAGCCUUUUAACAUUCGUUUCAUUGUAUGGGUCGAAAAGCUCAAGAUGGGUUGCUGCUUUUGGCCACUUUUUUAUGCGAAUGGUAGUUUUAU